AUAAAUAUGAAUGUUUAUGAUACUAAUAUGUUCCUUAUCAUGUAAAUUAAUUAAUUAAUUAAUUAAUUAAUUAAUUAAUCAAUAACUUAAAUAAAUAAACAAUUGUGUACAAAUCUUAAUUGUCAGAUAUAAAUUCAUAGAAGAAAUAUAUUAAUUAAAUACAAACAAUUAUAUAUAUACAUAUAGAUUAUCCAUUGUAUUAAUCCUACUAUAGUGAAUAAAUGAAAUAGUGUCAAAGAUAAAUUCGUUUAUUCAAUUCAAAUAAUUGAAUUUAACAAUAUCAAUUACAUUAUUCAAUUAUAAUUAAUUAAAUGAAUGGCUGGUGAAAUAGCAACACCAUUAAUUGCAUUUGGAUGUGCAUUAAUUGUUUUUCUUUUUUUCAUCCUCUGUUUAGUGUCACAUCACAUCCUUUGUGGCGAAAGUAAACAUUCUCAAACUUUUCCACAAUUGCCUCCAAUCGAUUCACAUUUUUAUCCAGCUAGUCCACAUAGUAUGCAAAUAAAAGAAGAACCAUUACAAUGUAUUCAUGAAGAGAUGCAAUUAAAAAUGGAUGAGCCAUCAACAAGUAGAACAGAUAUUGGUGAUUUACUCAAGUCACGUAUAGAAGCCGCUGAAAAUGAUGAUGAUAAUAAUGAAGAUAAUUGUAAAAAUAAUGAAUCACCUUUAGAAUAUGCAUAUGAAGGAUCUGAUGAAGAACCAUUUCAACAUGCAGAAAUAUGUUCUGAAAAUAAUGAACAAGAACACCAGAGGGGACAACCGAAUGUGUUCAACACGAAAUUACAGGACGUGUUAAUAGAAUCUAGCAAUCAUAAACUUGAAUAAAAAUGAAUCACAAUUGUCAUCUGUAAAUAAUCUAUCAGGUUUUGAAUAGAUAUGGACAAUUGAUAAAGAAGAUAUAAAAAAAACAAAAGUUUUCUUUUCUUUAAUAUAUAUCAAAUACAGAUUAUCGAUUUAAUUUUCUUUUUUUAAAAGAAAAAAAAAAGAAAAAAGAAUUUCCACAUUGAUUUAUUAUUUUUUACAUUUAAUCUUACUAAUGAUAAAUAACUUUAUAAAUUUCCGUUGUGAAUAAUGGGAACUUUUAUUUCUUUCCACCUCCACCCCCACCUCCUAGUAAAAUGUUUAUUAUAUACAUUAUAUUAAACUGUUCUGUUUGAAUAAAUAAAGUAUAUUUUACAGUUUA